AUAGGGUUACACAGGCUACUGGAGUAGUGGUUGGCUGAGAAAAAAAGCUUUUGAGCCUCUUUCUCAUCAGAACCAGUAACCUAGCGGCUAGCGCUCAUGGAAGGUGUAGCCGCGCAGUUCGCCGGUCCGAUCCUCACCAUCGUCGCCGCCGCCGCCGUGACCUUCUACGCCGUCAGCUUCAUGGAGCUCCGAGACAAAUCUUUCGAGGAACUCGACGAGAAGUACUCGGAGCUCGACGACGCCGGCGGCCGGCAGCGCCGCGCGCGACGGCGGGCCGAGCGCAAGUCCAGGAAGAAGUGACUGACCGACAUCUCGAUAUGAUGAUCAGAUCAGCCCAACUGCCUGAGAACAGGAGGAUGAUGAACCGUCGUUGUCGUCGUUGGUCAUUUCCUUGCUAGAUGCUAGUAGUGGUUAAUUAUCGAAUGUAAACCUGAUUUCAAGCUUGUUUCAGUACUGGUCUUCCAUCUCAUCCGUUUUUGUAUUGAAAUUUGGCAAGUUCAAAGUUGCAGAAAAUAGCUGCCCUGGAUCGAUAACUUUGUUGCGACUUUGGUUUGACCUGAAAAUACAAUUCCAAAUAAAUCUCAUGGAGGAACUCAAUCA